AUGAAUAAAGGAUAUAUUAAAGUUGUCUUGUUUCUUUUAAGUUUAUUUUCAUAUGUGCCUAAUAAAGCCCUUGCAAGUGAAAAAUUCCCAAGAGAAGAGCCUGCAGGUGUUUUUAGUUCAAGGAACGUUACUGCGAGGAAAGUUACUACAUAUAAUACUUAUUCAAAUACCUCCGCUCCAAGUAAUAAUCUUCUAAAUACCACAAUCAUAAGGAGUCCUUAUUCAAAUCCAGUAGGCCAAAAAAGUACUCGUCCAAUUGGAGCAAUCCAAAGUAAUGACAAUCCAUAUGGCACAGUUUCAAGGGGUGGUAAUUCAAAAUUCACAGGCCGAAGUAAUGAUAAUUCAAAUACCUCCGUUCCAAGUAAUAAUCGUCCAAAUGCCGCAAUCAUAAGGAAUGCUAAUUCAAAUACAUCCGUUCCAUAUAUGAUCCCCAAAUGUAAAAAUCGAAGUAAUGCUAAUUCAAAUACAUCCGUUCCAUAUAUGAUCCCCAAAUGUAAAAAUCGAAGUAAUGAUAAUUCAAAUACCUCCGUUCCAAAUAUGAUCCCCAAAUGUAAAAAUCGAAGUAAUGAUAAUUCAAAUACCUCCGUUCCAAAUAUGAUCCCCAAAUGUAAAAAUCGAAGUAAUGAUAAUUCAAAUACCUCCGUUCCAUAUAUGAUCCCCAAAUGUAAAAAUCGAAGUAAUGAUAAUUCAAAUACAUCCGUUCCAAAUAUGAUCCCCAAAUGUAAAAACCGAAGUAAUGAUAUUUCAAAUAUAGUAUGUUCAAGAAUAACUACUUCAAACUAUUAUAGAUCGAAUGAAUUGUACGAAGAACACAACCAUCUAUUAUGCACCAAUCAUGGAGAAACAAUAAGAGCAGAAAAGGUUAUGAAAGAAGCCGUGUCACUUUUAAUUCAGCAUGCUACAGAUACAGUUAAUGAUGAUAAAUCCCAUCAAUCAAAAAAUGAUGGAAAAUUAAAUAUAGCGAAACAUGACGGUGGUACAUACAUUGGAAAAUCUAAUUACAAAUACCCAGAUCCCGAUAUGUAUAUUGACUUAGUAGAUAUGCUAUGGGACCCCAGUUGUUCCCAAAAACCCGAUAAAACUCUUAAGAAUGGAAAAGUUGUCCGUGUAUAUACCCCAAAUUUAAUAAUGGUGCAAUAUCGUUAUAAAAAUGAUAAUGAAUCAUUUCAAAGAUACUUUUAUGCUUUAGCUGCAAAACAUAAAAUAUCAGAAAACACAACAGUAAUUGCCAUGACUUCAGGAAAUAUAAACGAUCACAACCGCGCUGAUACCAAAAUAUAUAAUAAUCCAAUCUUAGAAAGUGCAAAUUUAUUUAAAACUGAAGUUAAAUCUGAACCGGAUAUUAGAAAGGGUGAAUUAAAAAAAAUGUUUGUCAACUUAUCCGGAUAUCUCAUUAAAAAAGAAUCCAAAUAUGUUGAUAUCACCUAUGUCAGAUCGGUUGAUGGUAAUGUUCCUAAUGACUCAAGUUUGCCUACUAAAACAUUUCGUGCAUAA